AUUUUGAUAUGUUAAAAACGUGAAAUAUUCGUAAUCACAAAUGAGUACUCUGUUCUUUGAAACAACCUAAUUUGAUGAGGCUGUGCUAUCAGAGCCUGGCAAGACUUAAUACUGAAGAAACCUGUAGUUUAAAACUUUAUCUGAGUCAAUAAAACGUACGACCGGAGGAAUGGACCAAGAGACUGCACAGAUUCUGUUUAGUGAAGGAGCAGUGUUAGUUCUGCUUGAUGUACCGCCAGGUACAGAGUUUGGUAUAGAUUAUAAUGCCUGGAACACUGGGCCUAACUUCAAGGGAGUCAAGAUGAUUCCCCCUGGUAUACACUUUGUUUAUUACAGUGCAAGAAGUGGGCGUGGCAGUGAUGUGGCUCCAAGAUCGGGCUUCUUCUACAACUUCAAAGCAAAAGAAGUGUUGGUGAAGAAGUGGGACAGACUACAAGAAGAUAUCACAAGUGGAGGUGUCUCACAGGAGGAGGUUGAGAGGAUACAGAGCAACAAGAAAGAACUGGACAGAUACCUUGGAGCUUACCCCUAUGAAAGCUAUAAGAAAUGGGUUUCAAUGACUAACCACAUCACCGAGCCAGUAAUGGAGUCCCUUCAACCCAUCAACAAAACCAUCUGCUCUGUAGCCCAGUUUGUCUCCGAGAGGAGUGAUACCAAGACGAGGAAAGAAGAUGCAAUUAAAACAACAGACAAAACUACAGUGUCACAUGAUGACGAUGAUCCAAGAUUACCAAAAAUGGACACGAUUCCUGGUACUCAAAUACGGUUCUCUGAAAUUCCUAAAAAGAAAUACCCGGAAGGUGCCACUCCAAGUGAAAUCACUAAAUAUAGUAUUGACUCAAGUUAUGUGACAGUGAAGAUCAUUCAAUCUAAGAACCUUCCAAGUAAUCAUAUUCUAGGUGAAGUACAAUUUGCUUUUAUUUGUUUUCUAAUUGGACAGACAUAUGACGCAUUUGAACAAUGGAAGCUUCUGGUACACAUGUUGUGUACGAGUGAAGAGGCAAUGGCUGACUAUCCUGCCCUCUAUAAUGAAUUCAUAUCAAUGCUACACUUUCAAAUCAAAGACAUUCCCGAAGAUUUUUUCAUUGAUAUUGUCUCCAGGAACAACUUUCUUACAUCUACUCUUCAGCUGUUUUUUUCUAAUCUAGAAAGUUCUGGAAUUUCUGAGAACGUUCUACAAAGAGGGUUGAAAUUCAGAGAUAACCUUACCAAGAGGUUUAAGUGGGAUUUUACCACUGAGUUAGACGAGGAUGCUCCAGUUGUAGUGGAAUGAUUGUGAAAAUUUUGUUAUCUCACAACCAGAAGCAGUCGGUGUCUGUUACAAAUGGCA